AUGGACGAGAACCUGCCUCCAGCCCGCUCGCAGCUCACCCAGCGCGCGGCGUUAUCUCGGGCGCGGCCUGCGUUGAGUCUGCAGCGGAUUGUGGGCGCAGGAGCAUGUGAAGCUUGUCGCGGCCGCAUCACCAAGUGCUCAGAGUGCCGGAAGCGGCACACGCCAUGCAACUACCUUCAGCCUGCGGUCCGGCCCGUUGCUGCCAGUGCCAGGCGAUACCAUGGCCAGGUCCAGGUCCACGCACACCAUCACCCCCAGCAUGCCCUCCUCCGGCACAUCUUCGCUCAUCUGCGCUCCCAGCCAUGGCACGUCGCCCAGGACAUCCUCACCCAGCUGCGUCGCGGCACCGACGAGCGCACCCUCCUCCGUUUCCUUGAGUAUGGCAGUCUACGUGUCCAGCUCAAGCUGGUCCCAGACACGACAUACCAGUUCACCGCUCCCUAUCUUGCUGACAUGAUGCCGCUCUUUGGCGGUGCCGACAACCCCUACCUUGCCUCCAGGCUGUACAAGGCCCUGUCGGACGAGACUGCCCAUCACGGCACCGACAUCCAGGAGCAGACUCACAGCGCCAUCUACCACGUGCCCUAUCCCGGCGCCCGCAUGUACGAUCCACGCAUGUCGCCAGACACGCUGAGGCCAUCCAAGUGGACUUCGAUAAGCGACGACGACGUCUUCCUCACCCGCCUUCUCGAAGGCUACUUCCUGUACGAGUUUCCAUUGUGGCCUUGCUUCCACAAAGAUCACUUUCUCGAUGACAUGACUGCUGGAAGGUCUGAUUACUGUUCACCACUCCUAGUCAGCGCUAUUCUCACCGCAGCCUGUCUAUGGGAGCUGGAACAGUCACAAGCCGUGUGUAGUCUUCCGUCUGCCCAGGCAGCUACCAUCAUAGGCCGAAUAUACUUCGCCAAUGGCAUGGACAAAAUGGGCUGGACAAUGUGGUCUCACGCUCUAGCGCUUGCGGAUAGACUAGACUUAUUUGCUAAGAGCGCGCAAUACAAUAACGAGAAGGACCGCAUUUCAAGAACCAUCACAGCCUAG